UUCUACGUCUUAGCGAUGAACGGAAAGAGGAAAAAAGGCCCAUACUAGUAUACAUCGUGCCCAACAACAACCAACAGUGGUUUUUAAAUUGGUGGGGAUAGCACCAAAGUUAGCGGUGUUCAGAGUACUUGAACAUUCACUACUUGGAUAAUCAUUGGACAACAUUGGACGGUCAACUUGUAGUUUUUGAACUUUGAAAAUUAAGUGAUAUUGUCAGAGUUAUCAUCAUAGUGAUAUUAACUAUUCUAAAUGGAUAAAGAACAGCUGGAUUCUCUGCCUACUGUGACAGUAGGAUCUGAAAAAAUUCCUCCGCCACCUCAUAGUCAUUAUGCACCCAGCGAAGUGUAUUCAAGUUCUGAAUCACCACCGGCUUAUUCUAGGCCAACAAUGAAAAGUAGUGCAGUUCAGAUUGCAAGGAUAAUUGCCAUGACCCUGAUAACUAUCUCUGUUAUCAUUGGUAGUUUUAUGCUUGCUUCUGCUUGGCUUCAAGUUCGUGCCUCAUGUACUCCUGAAUCUAUAACACAACCACAAAUCAACACUCAACCAGAAGAACUUUUUAAACAUUUACAACCAGAAGCUCUUGUACAGGAUGCUGUUGAAAAUAAAGAUAAUUUGCAGAACUCAGAAACAGAUUCAGUAUCAAUAAAAAAAAUACCUUUAGAUUCAAAGAAUUCAAAAGUUGAUAAAGACAAUAAAGAUAAUUUAAAAGUAACUAACAAUAAUGGUAAUGACAAUGAUAAUGACGAUGAUUAUAACGACUUAGAUUUCUCAGGAGUUCAUAUUAAAUUCCCACUUCAACUUGAUUUAGAUGACUUAGCAAACACACUGAUGAGACAAUCUCGUGGUCUUGUCUCUUGUGUAGUUGAGCGUCGUAGAACAGAUGAAUAUUCAGAUGAGAGAAAUGUUCAAUUAGACAACAACAAUCGUCCUCAUGAUCAACGACUCAGCGGUGAACGUGUAGUAAUUCUUUGCGAAUCUGGCGAACCUAAACGUCAAGACCAACAACAACAACCACAACAACAAGAGAUGCUCACACCAAUUAUUGUCCCCCUGGGUAAUGUUCCAAUUCCUAUGCGACCCCAAGAACAAGAAUAUCAUCGUUACCAAGUACAAAAUCAAUUCCCAAUGCCUGAUGUACAUCAUCCAUCAUUGAUAAACGCUCAAAGAAUGAGUCCAUUGGAUAUCCAAAAUAACUUCCUUCCAGAAAUUAGAAAUAUUCAUCAAAUAAUAGAAAUGGACUCAUCUCGGGGUUUACCCUCAGUUAAUCAUCCUCAAAUGGAAUUACGCCCAAUUCCUAUUGAAUUAAGACCUGUUUCUGUUGAAAUGAUUCAAGGAAUGAGACCACCAUCUAAUCAGAUGGAACAACAAAAUUCUCCAAUGUCAUAUCAAGAUACACCUAAAUCAGCAUAUCCUCAAGACCAGCAAACUCAAGGUAUAGUCUCACCACCGCUAUCAGUUGCUUCUAACAUGCAAGAAAAUCUAAACGCCAAAAUGGGACCACAAGUUAUGAUUCAUCAACAAUUUAAACAAAAGCCUCUACCAAUUCAAGAAUCUCAAGAAAAACCUGACUUUGCUUUCCCAGGUCUUCCAAUUGAUAUUUUGAAGAUUAUUAAACAGGUUCCAUUAAAAAUUCAAAGCAUUAUGCAACGCAUUGAUGAAGGAUUAAGAUCAGAACAAGCUGUUUCAGGAUUACGACAAGAACAAAUCCAGGAUUUCAAACCAUUUCCCAUGGAUAUUCGUCCAAUUCCCAUGAAUCCAGCAAACUUACCAGUUGAAGUAAAAAAUUUAUUGGAACACGGCAACAUUGAUGGUCUUCAACAAAAUAAUUUCCAACUUCCACCAGUUCGACCCAUUUCGAUCAUAGAAAAAGUAGGAGAAAAAUCUGAAGAAGAGAAAAAAAUGGCUUUACCAGAAAAAAAUUUACUUCAACGAAUUUUUGAAAAUCAAGAAGCUCCUAUGAUGCCUAAAUCUCAAAUUACCAUGUCUUUCAUAAGACCCAUUGAAUCAUUUGAAAUACCAAUUGGAGUUAACACACACGUGAUUGAUGCCUCCAUGGAGCAGGAAGAGAAAGAACCUAUCCAAGCUGAGCAAAGUCCAAAUCAGGAAAUGCAGACUGAUAAAUCUGAUGAAGCCAAUCGUCCUCAUUAUGUUCAACCUCGUUCUGUUGAUUCCAACUAUCCAUCUGUUCAUCUUCGUCAAGAAAAAAUUCGUUAAAUAUUAAAAAAACACGUUAUGAUAUAAUUAUUCAUAAAGUUAUCAGUUAUAUUCCAAAUUUGACGUAUAUAAAAAAAUAGUAUGUAAAUAAACCGGUUUAAGUAAAACAGGAUACAAGUGAUACUA